AUGGUAGUCUGCCCGAUAUGCGGGAAGGUCGUCAAAGAGACUUUCAUAAACCAGCACCUCGAUUCUGGGUGUACUGGUGACGUUGAGAGCGAGGCUGUCGUGCCAUCUUCCACAGCACCGAUCUUCAGGACACCAGCACCAAAACGAGCACCAACCGACACCCCCACUCAAGCCAGGAAAAGGUUCUUUGCGGAUGUAGAAGAUGGAAAAGCUGAAGUUCGAGAAAAUGGCAGCAGCAGCACACCUGCGCUGAAGAAGAGCAAGCCAAAUGGAGCGGAACGAGCAGCUCCCUUAGCAGAACGUAUGAGGCCGAAAACACUCGAUGAAGUCUAUGGCCAAGAUCUAGUCGGUCCCGAUGGAGUCCUACGUGGUCUUAUCGAGCAGGAUCGUAUACCGUCUAUGAUUAUCUGGGGUUUGCCCGGAAAUGGCAAGACCACAAUCGCGCGGCUAGUUGCCCAACAAGUCAAUGCACGCUUCGUCGAGAUAAAUAGCACUUCGUCAGGUGUUGCAGAAUGCAAAAAGAUUUUCGCAGAAGCAAAAGCAGAACUUUCACUGACUGGUCGCAAGACCAUCAUUUUCUGCGAUGAAAUUCACAGAUUCAGCAAGAGCCAGCAGGACGUCUUCCUCGGUCCUGUAGAAGCUGGUCAUGUUACUCUGAUAGGCGCGACCACGGAGAACCCAUCUUUCAAGGUCCAGAAUGCUCUUCUCAGCCGCUGUCGAACGUUCACCUUGGCCAAAUUGACAGACGCUGAUGUUGCCACUAUCCUCCAGCGUGCUCUCGCGAAGUCCAAAGAACUGUAUAAACCGAAUCUCGACCUUGUCAAUGGUGCUCUCCUCGAUUACCUUGCUUCAUUCGCGGAUGGGGACGCUCGUACAGCACUUAAUUUACUAGAGUUGGCCAUGGACAUCUCAACGCGACCAGGUAUGACGAUCGAUACCUUGAAGUCCUCUCUGACAAAAACUCUGGUCUACGAUCGUGCGGGCGAUCAACACUACGACACCAUAUCUGCUCUUCACAAGUCCAUUCGAGGUUCCAACCCUGACGCAGCCUUAUAUUACCUUGCACGCAUGAUUCAAUCAGGAGAAGAUGCUCUCUACAUUGCUCGACGCAUGGUUGUGAUGGCAAGCGAAGAUAUUGGGUUGGCAGAUAACACCAUGCUAUCACUCGCUACUGCCACAUAUAGUGCAUGCGAGAAGAUUGGACUGCCGGAGUGUCGUAUUAACCUCGCCCAUUGUGCUGUAGCAUUGAGCUUAGCUCCCAAGAGCACGAGAGCAUACAGAGGCCUCAACAAUGCAAUGUCAGCUCUCAAGGAGCCCGGUCUAGCAGGUCUUCCCAUUCCGAUCCACUUGCGUAACGCGCCAACACGACUCAUGAAGGAAAUAGGCUAUGGCAAGGAGUACAAAUAUAAUCCGAAAUAUGCGGAUGGCAGAGUCAAGCAAGACUAUCUGCCUGAUCAGCUGCUCGGACGAACGUUUCUCGAGGACAGAGAUCUUGGAACGCAGAUCGAUCCCGAUCUGUUGGAGCAUGAACAGCAUUCAAACUCAGAAGAGAUGUUCCAAGACACUAGUGCCGAGAAGGACACCGUAAUGCAAGUAGCGGAAGACAAAGUUGAGACGAAGGAGGUAGAACAAGAUCCGCAGGAUGGGGAGAAAGAAGCCGAGCCAUCGUUGGAGGAGGAACAUGCGGGACUGCCCAAGAAUGAGAUCCUUGAAAGCGAUGGAGUAGUUAAAUCGGAACAGAGCUCGGAUCUGAAGCAAGCUGAACGGGAGACAUCAAAUGUCUUGCAAAAUGAUGGUCCUUCGAGCAGUCUGAGCGAGCCACCAGAGGACGAUGAUGACAUCGCUGAUACCAGCUUACCACUCAGUAGUCAAACAAAGCCACCUGAAGAGUGGGAAUAG